GGAAGCGAUUUCCUGAUGUGCAACGGCUGCAGGAAACCCCAGCCGAAAAGAAAAAAAAAAAACGGAAGAAAAGAAGAACUCCAUCUCACUGAUACAUCUAACGUCGUGUCACAGAGCAGGGAAUUGAGUGUGGGUUCGGAAGGAUUUCCAGCAGCAUCCCCGCUGCCACCCACCCAGCACCCGGAAGGAGGAGUGCGAAGCGUGCGCGAGCAGCAGGGGUGAAGCAAACCCAUUGCGACAACCUGCAGCGGUCGGUGCUCACUGCGGAGUGCAAUCGGUGCUCCCGGAGCACCCCGGGGUGACGCGGGGAGCAACGCCGAGCCUGGGGCUUCCUUUAAGCUCGCGUUGACGUUGGUGAAUGUGUUUUGAAAGCACAUCUUCCUGCAAGCAGAGGCCAUGGCCAGCGCGGGGGGAGCCCAGGAUGGGGUUUGGGGGCGUUCGCUGAGCCCAGGGAGACCCCAGCAGUGCCGGGAGAUGGGAACGGAGCCCAGCAGACCCCCACCGCUGCCAGGGAAAGCUUGGAGGGCCAUGGCACGCGCGCGCUGUGCCAGCCUGGAUCUGGGGGGCUCCAUGGCGAACACCCCCGUGUUGGACACCCUGGAGGAGCAUCCACCCAGGACCCCCGCCUCAGCCCUUAUCUACAGCAAUGUCGGAGAGCUGCGUGCCCACCUCGUCCCCACCAAGGCCAGCAGAGGGGACGGAGCCAGGAGAACCCCCCCACAGCUCAGCCAUGACCCCCUGCCUCCCCCCUUGCCCCAAAAGCAGCUGCAGCGAGCAGAGUCCCUCCCGGAGCAGGGCACAUGGCAGCCCUACCGGCAAGACGCCGCACCACGGCUAGGCAGCCCUUGGCCUCAACCCAAGGAUGUGGCACCCAGAAAGCCCCUGACCAAGUCUCAGAGCCUGGGGGAGGCCCAGGGGGUGGCCCUGAGGCCCAGUCUGGAGGAUCUGACAUUUGGGACAGGGGACGCGGUGCUGGGCCCGAUCCUGCAGGGUCUGGAGGACAGGGCAGGGCUGUGUGAGGCCAUGGUGGGCUGCCAUGCUGCUGGCCUGGCUCGGCUGUGUGCCCGCACCAUGGAGGGGCUGAUGGGGUCCUGGGGGGGGCUGGAGGCCAAGCUGGCGGGGCAGGGCUGGGCCGCACUCAGUGUGCUGCAGCCGGAGCCGUGCUGCCAGAGUGGGGACGCCUGGUAUUACCGAGUGGGGUUCACCUUUAAGCAGGAACAGCUGGAGCUUGCAGCCAAGGUCCUCAAGCCAGGCUGCUGCACCACAGCGAUGCAGAGCUCCCUCGGAGCACACUGCAGCAUCCAGCGCAUCAUCAGCCGCUUCACCGACCGCCUCCCAGGGGAGCUGGUGCUCCCAGGUCACCCCAGCAAGCAGGGACUGUCCCCAGGCUGCCCCGCCACCCCCCGUGUCCUGCAGGUCCUCCUUUCCCCCGAUGUGCCCUACCAGACCCUGGCAGAGUUUGUGGAGAGCUCCCGUGCACUGCACCGCAGCAGCCCCGGGCACUACGAGCGCCUGGCGUGCCUGCUCCUCCUGCAGCUGUGCACGGGGCUGGAGCACCUCAGGGUGCAGAAUGUCGGGCAGGGUGACAUCUGCCCUGAGAAUCUGUUGCUGAUGCAGUGCCCGUGUCCCCCCGGGAGCCAGCAGGAUAAGGAGGGGUCCGUGGGGCUGUCCCUUCCAAGGUUGCUCAUCAGCAACUUCUUCAAGGUGAAAGACAAAACCAGACCUUACUCCACCAGCCAAGAGUGGGACUGGACCAAGGGGUCUGCUGCUCCCCCCACGCCGAUGGCAGAUGAGCUAAACGUAGGCAUGCUGAUCUAUAAGAUCUUGCAUGUGGAUAUCUCUCUGGAAAACGCUUUGGACCUGAGAAGCAACCAGCUCCCUGCAAUCCCCUCCCUGUCCAUCUACUCCACGGGACUCAAGCAUUUGGCCACACUGCUUCUCCACCGUGAUCCCUGCAAGAGGGUCUCCAUCAAGGAAGCCAGGCACAUCCUGCAGGUCCUGCUCUGGGGGCCUCGCCAGGAGCUCUUCGCCAAGAGCAGAAAGACUCUGGCCCUGCUGCAGAGCUGGCUGGAGAUGAAGAGGGCACUGCUGCUGGUGAAGCUGGCCGAGAAGGCGGGCGGGGGGAGCCCUGGCCUCGAGGAGUGGCUGUGCUGCCAGUACUUUGUGGAAGCCACUGAGCACAUGCUUUACCAGGUCACCCAGACUCUCUACAGGCCAUAAAGACCAACCUGCCCAGAAGGCUCCCCAAAGCCAAGAGCCCACAGAGGCUCCAGCUCUCGCCUCCCCAACCAAAGCUGAUCCUGGCUGGGAAAACUCGUUUCCAAAUCUGGAAACAGCUCUCACACAGCACAUGAACGGACCUAAGCAAGCAAGGACCGAACUGUCAGUGCAGUACCUUGGCUGCCACGAUGCAGAUGCGUUUUUGCAUCUUCAGCUGAUUUUUGUUCAGUGCUUUGAGCCCAGGUUAUUGGAGCAUCUCAGCAAAGACGGCUGGCUGGAAGGCACAGGACGAAGCACCAGCUCAGCAGCUCAUUAUCCCGAGUAAGGUGAAUGGAGCUCAGGCUUUUCCCAAAAAAAAAGCCUCCUCCUGCAUGGCUGCUGUCACUGUUUUAAAUAACAAUAAGAAGUCAUACAUUAUUGCUCACCAUAAGACGCACUUAUGGGAGGAGAAACGCAAUACAUCAUACAGCCACGUCCUUUUUAGGAACAGCUUGUGGCAGAGUCACAAAUAGAAAUGACAUCUCGGAGGAGGAAAUAAAGCAGCCACGCAGCUUCAAUAAAACCCUGA